GCUGAGAGGAGUCGGUUCAGAGGAGCUGAUUCUUUCCGCGGCUGAAACACUUCAGAUAUGGCGGAGGGGGAACUGGACGUCGAUUCGCUCAUCUCCAGGCUUUUAGAGGUGCGAGGAUGUCGCCCAGGGAAGAUUGUGCAGAUGACGGAGGCGGAGGUUCGGGGGUUGUGCAUUAAAUCCAGAGAGAUUUUCCUCAGCCAGCCCAUUCUGCUGGAGCUGGAGGCCCCUCUCAAAAUCUGCGGUGACAUCCAUGGUCAGUACACCGAUCUGCUGAGGUUGUUCGAGUAUGGAGGUUUUCCUCCGGAGGCGAAUUACCUCUUCCUGGGUGAUUACGUGGAUCGAGGGAAGCAGUCUCUGGAGACCAUCUGCCUCCUCCUGGCCUACAAGAUCAAAUACCCUGAAAACUUCUUCCUGCUGCGCGGCAACCACGAGUGCGCCUCCAUCAACCGCAUCUACGGCUUCUACGAUGAGUGCAAACGCAGAUUCAACAUCAAACUGUGGAAAACAUUCACUGACUGUUUCAACUGUCUCCCCAUUGCUGCCAUUGUUGACGAGAAGAUAUUCUGCUGCCAUGGAGGCCUGUCCCCAGACCUGCAGUCUAUGGAGCAGAUCAGACGGAUUAUGAGGCCCACAGAUGUUCCAGACACAGGACUGCUGUGUGAUCUGCUAUGGUCAGACCCUGAUAAAGACGUCCAGGGCUGGGGUGAGAAUGACCGCGGCGUGUCCUUUACGUUCGGAGCCGACGUGGUCAGCAAGUUCCUGAACCGCCAUGAUCUGGAUCUAAUCUGCAGAGCGCACCAGGUGGUGGAGGAUGGUUAUGAGUUCUUUGCGAAGAGACAGCUGGUCACUCUGUUCUCUGCUCCAAACUACUGCGGAGAAUUCGACAACGCCGGGGGCAUGAUGAGCGUGGACGAAACCCUCAUGUGCUCCUUCCAGAUCCUGAAACCUUCAGAGAAGAAGGCCAAGUACCAGUACGGGGGCAUGAAUUCGGGACGUCCCGUCACUCCACCCCGCACAGCCACCCCACCCAAAAAGCGGUGAACAUCUAAACGAGUGACAUCUGAAAAGGAGAGAGAGAGAGAGAGCGCGAGAGAGUGAGAGAGAGCGAAUCGGGCAUGAAGUAUGAGGAGAGAACGAGUGUGAAACUCCCUCUGCAAUUUCUGCAACAACGGAAAAAAACAAUGUAGUUCAAAAUUGACGGCAGAAGCAACCUUUCUGAUUUUAAAACACUUAUAAACUCCCAUCCCGAUCCUCCAGCACCCUAUCUCCCACCCAUCCUCCACACUUUUUUUUCUUUAUUCCUCUUGUUUGUCUUCAUUUUUCUCCAUCCUUUCGUCUCAUUCUUUGUCUGUGUAACCACAUGUUUUUUUCAAUGAAGUUUUUUGGGGUUUAAAAAAAAAAAAAGACACACUGUAUACACACUGACACAACAAACACUUAUAUACAAACGAACACACACACACGCUCAUACCACACACCUAUCAGUGUAUCUGUCUGCAUAUCAGAGUGCUCUUCUUUUUUUGGUUUUGCUUUUGCCUUUGACAGAAUGAUGUACAUUGACUAGCUUUUCUUUUUUUUUAGUUUUCCGUUUCAUUCUUCCGUUCCUGUUUGAGAGAAGCAGGAACACGUAAAUAAACCAAUAACUUCAUCUGAGUUUUCAGUAAAUAAACGAGAGUAAACUGAA